UAUAUAAGGUACUAUUGUAUAUACGUAUGACAUGAUACUUAGUUUAUUAUUAUAUAAUGUAAUAUCAACAUUUUUCUAUUAAAGACUUGAUUCCAAGUUGUAAAUAAAUAUGUAUCAAUUUUUAAUGUCUUAAUACAUGAACAGUAGAAAAUACUGACAUUGUCCGAAGGAACAAAAACUUGAAGAUUUUUGAUCUUCGCUACUUCGAGCGCACAGAAGAACAAUGAGCGAACCUGCUGAUUGGCUAUUUUCUUGCGUUCGAUAAAAACCAAUCAGCAUGUAUAUUCCGUUUUGAGCCUUAUUGGACGCCCAGUCGAAAUUAGUAAGGAGUAAUCAGAGACAGUUCGAAAUCUUCUCAUCGUUUGGAGAACAACACCCCUUAGUGUCGUUGGCAGUUCUUCAUUCGUUCAUUCACUACUCUCACUUGUAAAUAAGUUACCCAAGAUUAAUUCGGCGGGUAACAAGUGCAGUGCUGUGUCAUCGUUAUCGGACACACGUACGCACAGACAUGGAGAAUAUAGCAGGAAAUGAGACUCAACAAAUAGCUCACCAAAUGUCAUCUUUAAUGAAUAUGCCUCCAAAUAACCAUGGAGUACCAGGAAUAGAUCCUCCAAAAACAUUACCUAGUUUAUUAAGUCUGAAAGUAAGUCCACCAAGUGAAUUACAAAAUCAGGCUUCAUCGGAUGAUAAUGGUCGAGAUGCAGAUAGUGAUUCCAUGAAACUACCAGCAGCUUUAGAACAAGCUCUAGCUUUUAAAACUGAAAGAGCUAAAGAAGUAGGAGCAGAUCCAAAUGAUAUAGUUUCAUUAGGAAAGUCACCAAAUCAUGAAACUAUAGGAGAAGAUGUAUCUCAGUUAGAUGAUGUUAUACUUGAACCAGAAACAACAACAGAGAAAAUAGAUGUGAAGACCAAUAAGACCAAAAAGAAGAAAAAGAAAAAGAGGAAGAAACACAAUGGAAAGGAGAUGGAAAAUAAAAAGGACAAUGCAGAAAAUGCAAAACCAAAAGAAGAUUUGCCAGAAAUUGAAUAUAUUCAAGAAAUUCCAACUGUUAAUGAUUUAGAACCAAUGUAUCGUCAAUUUGCCAGAAUAUUUGAGGCAUUCAAACUAACUGAACCUGAACCAAAAUCUACAGAGGCAGAAAAGGGAGAACCAAUAGGACAGUAUCCACCAGUGACAACAUUACAAACAACAGGUACUGUACCAAGUAAAGUACCACCAUUGGAUGAUUUUGAUGAUGAUGCAAAUCAACAGCAACAACAGCAAGGAACUGGAGAGAAUGGAGCUCCGCGACUAUCCAAGAGGAAACUGAAGAGGCUAACGCGUUUGAGUGUUGCAGAAUUAAAACAACUUGUAGGACGACCAGAUGUUGUAGAAAUGCAUGAUGUUACUGCAAGGGACCCAAAACUUCUUGUACAACUAAAAGCCCACCGUAACACAGUGCCUGUACCCAGACACUGGUGUUUCAAAAGGAAAUAUUUACAAGGGAAACGUGGUAUAGAAAAGCCUCCUUUUGACUUACCAGAUUUUAUAAAACGCACAGGUAUUACAGAAAUGAGGGCAAGUCUUCAAGAACGAGAUGAUACACGUACGUUAAAGGCUAAAAUGCGAGAAAGAGCAAGACCUAAGCUUGGCAAAAUAGACAUUGACUAUCAGAAAUUACAUGAUGCAUUCUUUAAAUGGCAAACUAAACCUCGUAUGACUAUUCAUGGUGAUUUAUAUUAUGAGGGUAAAGAAUUCGAAACUAGAUUAAAGGAAAAGAAACCUGGAGAACUGUCUGAUGAAUUACGUACUGCCCUUGGCAUGCCAGUAGGGCCUAAUUGUCAUAAAGUACCACCUCCAUGGUUAAUUGCUAUGCAGCGGUAUGGACCACCACCAAGUUAUCCCAACUUAAAGAUACCUGGUUUAAAUGCACCAAUUCCGGAAGGAUGUGCAUUUGGUUAUCAUGCUGGUGGUUGGGGAAAGCCUCCCGUAGAUGAAACAGGUAGACCUUUGUAUGGAGAUGUAUUUGGUAUAUCUCGUACACCAGGUGGAGAUAAUAUGGAUGAAGAAAUAGAUAGAGGUAUGUGGGGUGAACCCGAAUCAGAAUCUUCCGGAGAUGAAGAUGAAGAUGAAGAUGCAGAGGAAGGUGGAGAAGGUGAAGGAGAAGGAAAAGAUGGAGAUGGAGAUGCAAGUGGUUUAGUUACACCCGGUGCAGAAGGAUUAAUAACACCUAGUGGAAUAACAUCAAUUCCGGCGGGAUUAGAAACUCCAGAAACAAUAGAAUUAAGGAAAAAGAAAAUUGAAAGCGAAAUGGAAGGAGGUGAUACUCCUGCUUUGUACACAGUUUUGCAAGAAAGACGAACAGAAGGUCUUGGAGCAAGCAUGAUGGGUAGUACGCAUGUAUAUGAUAUGACUGGUGCAGCAGGAGGUCAAGCGCCACCAUCUGUAAUUGCCGCACGACGUGGAGUAAGUGGAACAACAUCAGAUGGAAGAACGGAGAAAGACGGAGCUGUUGAAUUAGCUUUAGAUCCAAGCGAAUUAGAUUUAGACUCUGAAGCAAUGGCAUCACGGUACGAAGAAACAAUGAGGUCGCGACAAGCUCAUUUAAGGAGAGAAGAUUUAUCAGACAUGCUUCAAGAUCAUGUACAACGACAAAAAAGUAAACGCAAACGGCAACAAAGUCAAGAUUCGAAAGCCUCCAAGAAAUACAAAGAAUUCAAAUUUUAAGCAUAAUUAAUUAAAUAACAUAUUAUAUAAAAACAAAAAUUACUUAUUUAAAAAAUAUAGGAAUUAAAUAUAGCGUCAGGACUUCUUGAAUAAUUGAUUAUUACCCUUAAAUAAUUAUACAUGAUUUAGUAUUAUUGCUACUAGGGUAUCCAAUUUUAUAUAUUUAUAUUUCAAUUAUCUUCUUACAGAAUGAAAUUUUUAAGUAGAACAUAUUAGAAAUAUAUUAAUUUCUUUCAAAAGAAAAACAAAAAUAUAUCAAUUUUUAUUACAUCAAAUAAGAACAAUUAUAUUUGCUUGAUCACUUUAUUAUAAAUAAAUCGUUGAUUUCAUAUACAUAUUUUAUAUUUUUUAUACAAUAUGAUCUUUUUUUAAAUUAAUAUAAAAUUUAUGUUUAUUUGGAGAGAACGCUAUUAAAGGAUAUGAAAGAUAAUGCAAUAAUACUAUAAGGCAUGGAAGGAAAAUUGCAAUUGUGAAUCUACUUAUAGCGCUACCAAUAUCUAGCCAACUUCCUUGAGGAGUAACAUAAUACAUGAGUGGUAAAGAUAAGCAGUCUCCCAGUAAAAGCACUCC